CCAACACCAACCAGGUCCUUUCAGCAACCUCAGUGCCUGAAGAAGCAAAUUAAGAGAGACAACAAAGAAUGUGGAAGGCCAGAGAGGGUGAACACAUUGGCCAGGAUAUAUUCAGUAUCGUAUUUUAACACGACAACGCAUCAGCCACAACAUUUUCAGAGCCUUUGAUGUGGCGGAUGUCCAGACAAUAGGACCGUAAAAUCAACAUCCAACGCAUUUACAUAGUCAACAAGAUUACUCGGGGGUUCUGAUGGAACCACAGCAUCACGCAACAGUGCAAGUGGCCCGUGAACUGUAUGGCCUAAAACCGGUGCUUUCCUUCACUACCUCCAACCUCCCAUCAAGAGCCACGGUAGUCCUUCCUCCCAGUCAUAUAUAUAUGUAUGUAUAUAUAUAUAUAUAUAUAUGUAUAUAUGUGUUUGUGUGUGUGUGUGUGUAUACAUGAACAAUGACGAAUCUGCUGAAGUCUUGUCAGAUUUUGUUUUGUGAUGUGAACAAAGUCAGAAAAUGUGUGGUACAGGUUUACAUUCACUUCGAUUUUGAUUGAAGUUUAAGAUUAAUGAUGACAGUUAGAAAGUUAUCUGAGGACAGUACAUUAUGUUUUUAGUUACCAAGCAACUAGCAGUCCCUAUUUUUAUUCUAUUUUAUUACCUCAGUGAAAGUGGCAUGUAUGAAAUACCCAUCAUUCAGGUGAAAUGCACCCAGAUGUAACACAGGCACCACCAUUUUAUCCUACACUACAAAAUAAAACAAACAUUGGUUGCAUGGACACAUGUGAAAUGCACACUUGUAUGCAAGAAGACUUUUAAAUAUAACAUGAGAACCACACAUGUAUGUUUUACAGAGAUUUGCAACCCCCAUUUUAUCUAGCCAGGAAGCUUGUUACACAUUUGUUACACAUAUAACAACAUGAGCCCCUGACCUGUGGAGUUUGUCCUGAUCAUCACUAUCUCAUCAGCACGCGCACUGAUUUGACCCCACCCCUCUCGUGCGUGCGGUGUGCACUGUGCAGACAGUUGCAGUAUCUGCGGCACACGGUGGGCGUGCGACACCCUCACGCGGGCAUAUUGUGUAUUUUAUCCCCAGUGCCACUUUUUUUUGGUCGGUGCAGAGAAGCGUUUCCAGACCCUGAUAAGACGCUAAAUAAAAAGCGGAAGAAGGACGUUCUCUUCGUGGACAGUGAAGUCACCUGAGUGCGUACACUGAUGAGGAUCUUUGGUCAGGAGCAAGUGCAGCAAAUGGAUGGGAGAGCGGACCAACAGGAGUCUGCGGGUGCUUCUGAAAUCACGCGCGUGCAGGAGAAGUCAGGAAGCGCCCGCGAACACGUUGACAUGGACUCUUGCCCAGUUUGCCACCUGAAGUUCCACAGCCGUGAACCCAGACUCCUGCCGUGUCUGCACUCUUUCUGUCACAGAUGUUUACCUUCUCCCUCCAGGGUCUUGGCCAUCGCAGCGCUGCAAAACUCCGACACCAAACCACUGAAUGUGAUCCGCUGUCCGGUGUGCAGGCAGGAGUGUAUGGAGACGGAUGUGGUGGAAAACGUCUUUGUGAAGGACUCGGCUGAGGCUCCCAGCAGCACAGCAGCGGAGAGGACGCUCCAACUCUGUAUGACCUGUGAAGACAACACGGAGUCUGCUGGGUUUUGUGUGGACUGUGUCGAGUACCUCUGUGCCACAUGUGUGGAGGCCCACCAGAGGGUCAAAUUCACCAAAGACCACAACAUCAGACACAAGACAGAAGUAUCACAAGAAGUCCACGUCAUGUCGACUCAGAGGCCCGUGUUCUGUGACAUCCACAAACAAGAGCCGCUGAAGCUGUUCUGUGAGACCUGUGAUCAGCUAACCUGCCGUGACUGCCAACUGGUGAAGCACAAGGACCACAAUUACCAGUUUCUCGAAGACGCUUAUAAAAACCACAGGCAGCACAUGGAGAGAGCGACCCUUCAGCUGCAGGAGAAAAAGAAACUAAUUGAAGAUGUGUCAAACUCCAUAAACAAUGGACUUCUUCGGGUUGAUCAGAACCGUACAUCUGUUCACGAUGAAAUACAAAAGUCCAUCUGCAGUUUGAUUCUCGAGAUAAACAAGAAGGGCAAUAUGCUAAUUAAUCAGCUUGAGGCUGUAACAAAGGAUCACGAGAGUGUUUUGCGAAAACAACAAGAGGACGUUGGCUAUCUGUCCAGACACCUGGAUCAUGUCAUCAAAUUUACCAAAUGGGCCACAGCCAAGAAUGGGGGCACAGGCUUUUUGUACACUAAGCGGCUGAUUCUGUUUCAGAUUGAGAACCUCCUUCGGGCAAAAUGCAGUACCUCAUUUAUACCACAGAGCACUGUUCACUUCCAGUGUCGAUCCUUGUAUUGGGCCUCAAAUAUUGAUCUGGGCUCUUUAGUGAUAGAGAGCAUACCAGGCCACCAGCUGGUCGGUUUUCAGGGUAUCCCUCAUCAGCUGUCCCACCAUGGGCGCGCGCCCUCAGGCUCACCCCGAAGCUUUGCUCUCGGAGCUCCAGUUAAUACUCUAGCUCAGCUCCAGUUACAGGUGGACAAGCUGAACCCGCAGGCCCUCUGGCAGCCACAGGCUCCUCCUUCACCGUGGUCGUGGUACCAGAGUGUUCGACUACAGCGUACAGUACCAGGGCCUCUGCAGGGAAGCUCUCCCUCCCACAUUGGGCCGCCUCAACCAGGCCGUAGGUUUACGGUGCCUCCCCCCAACCACACCAGCCCAACAAGCUCUGCACCGAGUCCUGGAUUUACACCCCGGCCUCUGAGGACCGUGGUUAGCAGCUCCAGUCACCAAGAUAAACCUGUGGAUGGAGCUUCCUCUUCACCGUUGUAUUCACAAAUCACACCAUUGCCCGUGUGUUCAUCUCAAUCAGGACAGACGAUUGAGCCCACGUAUCUGAACAAGAGCGCUAUGCUGACACCAAACUGUCCCCAGAGCCUCCCGCCUUCCUUGACACACAGAAACGUGCGAGGGCGACAGACUUCGCCAGAGUACUUUCAAGUGGAGAAGUCAUGGACUGUUUCUUGGAAACCUCCAGAAACACAACAGGCGAGUGGAGUGACGGGCUCAGCUGUCAAGAAAAGACGAAGGUCGUCGCCAGGGCCUGCCAUUGUCAUCAAAGAUGAGCCAGAAGAUGACAGUAACUAUGUGCAAAACAAACAAGGAGCCAGUCCUCCUGACAGCACUGGUGAACAACACCCACAAGUCAGUGCACAAGGUGACGGGGAAAAAGUCCCAACUCCUCCUCAGAGUUCAGACGGCAAACUCCAAAGCCUGUCAAAGCCUCCAAGCAGACCCCGGGACCAGAGGAGGGGGAGAGAACAGCAAGUAGACCAAAAGAAAGCACAAGCGGAAGACUCUAAUGAAGUCUUGUGUGCUGUGUGUCAGAGUGGAGGCGACCUGGUGUGCUGUGGAAGGUGUCUCAGAGUGUUUCACCCCGUGUGCCAUGUUCCAUCUCUCCUCAAAUCUCCCAGCGGGAAGUGGUUUUGCUCUUUCUGCCGCGAUCCAUCGGCGCCCGAGAUGGAGUACGAUUGUGACCCGAGCAGACCCGAGACGAAAACAGUAAAAAAGGAAUUCGACUCGGAAGGAGAAUUCCCUCCUGAGGACAAACGAAAGUGUGAGAGGCUGUUGCUGCACUUACUUUGCAAUCACCAGAGUUCAAACCUGCGAGAGACUGGACCCCCCUCGGCAUGUGCUAAUAACAGUCCGACUAUAAAUGGGCAGAUGAGUCUUUUAACUGUGAGGAGGCGACUGGAUGCUAAACACAGUCUGUACUACCAAAGCACUGCAGAGUUUGUAUCCGACAUCAGGCUCAUCUUCAGGAAUUGUGGAGUCCUCAACGAGGCAAACACAGAGGACACCGCGGCAGGCCGGAAGCUUAUGGCGUUGUUUGAGGAGCGCCUGAUGACCCUCUUUUCUGACCAAAGCUUCCCAGAAAUAAAACUGGAGAUAAAACCUGCUGACCACUCAGACUCUCGAGUGUCAUCUCCUGACAAAAUGUCCCACCCUGCAAAGAGCCAGCGCACAUGUUCAUACUCCCAGGAUACGCCAAACUGUUUCAAUGGAGACGAGGCAGCAGUAUAAAAGCACAAAUGCUCCUAAUGCUUUUAAUACGCAAACUACCAGCACCAGCUAUUAUGUGGUGUGUGGAACUUUUAUUACAGACAUUUAUGACACAUAUUUGAAGUCAUUACAUGAUGACAAAAUUGGAACCAGGUCACCAAAAACUUCUGGUAUAACACAGGACAGACCAUUUAAUCAAAACAGGACUUAUAGUUGGACGCACAUAGAACACAUGCGGCACAUUGAGGUACUUCCUGGAUACAACUGAAUCCAGUCUAGUUUUUGUACAUGAAAAUCAUUCAUUCAUUCUUUCUUACCUUAUGUCUUAUUACAGUGAACCGACCACUGGUUUGGUCCUGUCUGGUAGGUUUUCCUGUUGUGUGCACCAUGUGUGAAUAAAGCAGUGAUUAGAAAAGGGUGAUAAUUACAAGCCUUAUUGUUUGUGGUGUAUUUAAUGGGGACUAAAAGGGGUUAUAACCCGGCCCACGCUAACCCCAGAGGCAAGUAAAAUGACAACAUAAAGGGAACAUGCCGAAACAGUUUUUAUGAAACCACAGACCCCAGAUUUCAAAUGUCACACACGUCAUGCAAUAUAUCUCUUUUCUUAACGUGGAGCAGAACUGCACUUCUAAUGUUAUAAAUGUGAAAUGUCUUUAGGUCCUCUAUAUAUGUUAUCUGUGUAGGAAUUUAUAUUAAAACAAGUCAAAUGCAA